AUGGACAUGCUCAUGCAGAUAGUGGCGCAGCGCAAGAAGAGCGUGGACGCGGCCAAGGCGCUUGUGAGUGAGGCUGAGCUCCAGUGCAAGAUCGACGCGUACGAAGCCGCACAUGGACGCCCGAUCUCGAUCGUUGGCAAGAUCCGCGAGAGCGCUCCGUUGCUGGCUAUUGCUGCUGAGUUCAAGCGCGCGAGCCCGAGCAAAGGCGACAUCGCCGUGGAUGCCAAUGCUCCAGAGCAAGCGUUGACGUAUGCCCAAGGUGGAGCCAGCGUCAUCUCCGUUCUUACUGAGCCAGAGCGAUUCAAGGGGUCGCUCCAAGACAUGUUGGACGUGGCGUUGGCAGUCAAGGCGUUGGGCAAUGCCCGGCCAGCCAUCCUCCGGAAGGACUUCAUCUUUGACACUUAUCAGCUCCUUGAGGCACGGGCGUUUGGCGCCGAUAGCCUCUUGCUCAUUGUGGCCAUGCUUUCGCCGGACGAACUCUCGCUCCUGCUGCAGGCGUCUCGCGACCUUGGCAUGGAGCCACUUGUCGAAGUGAACAACGAAGAGGAGCUUGACGUGGCGCUUGCCGCCGGUGCAACAUUUAUCGGUGUCAACAACCGCAACUUGCGCACGUUCAAGCUGGACUUGAACACGACCGUACACAUCGCUGACGCAAUUCGUGCACGGGGCAUUCGCCUCGGCGAUGACAUUGUGUUGCUGGCGCUCAGUGGCGUCUUCUCGCGUGCCGAUAGCAUCAAGUAUGAGCACUGCGGGGCGCAAGGCGUCCUUGUCGGUGAGAUGCUUAUGCGCACGCCCAACCCGCGCACGACGAUCCAAGAACUGCGUGGCGUGCAUACGGACGCUCGCCAAACACUUGUCAAGAUUUGUGGCAUUAAGGAUGUAGCGUCGGCCGUCGUUGCCGCGCAGCACGGCGCGAACCUCGUCGGCAUGAUAUUCGUCGCCAAGUCCCCACGAGCCGUCGAAAUUCAAAAAGCCAAGGACAUUGUGCAAGCGAUCCGGCAGUUUGGCGAGCGCUCGACCCGCCACGAAUUCCAGCCUCGCAUCGAAUCAAAGGAGGGCUCGGCGGCGUGGUUUCACGCGCAGAGUCGGCAAUUGACGCUUGCAAGCGCGCGGACGCCGCUCGUCGUGGGCGUCUUCCAGAACCAGUCAGCGGAGGCCAUCAAUGCAAUUGUGGCGGAAGUGGGCCUCGACCUUGUGCAACUCCACGGCGACGAAGGCUUUGAGGUUUGCGCGGAUCUCAUUGUGCCGGCGAUCCGCGUCGUGCACUUGCCUGGCGGUACGACCGGCGACACGGUCAACAUGGAUGCGAUCCUCGAGCACAUCAAACCCGGCUAUGCAAUGGCACUGCUGCUGGACACGACCUUGAAGGGGCAAAUGGGUGGCACGGGCACGAUCUUUGACUGGACGAUUGCAGAGCAAUUCGAACAAGCGGGGAUUCCGUGCCUCAUGGCAGGUGGUCUAACGCCAGCAAACGUGACGAGCGCCAUCCACGCCGCUAAUCCGUACGGCGUCGAUGUUAGCUCCGGUGUUGAGGCCGGCGUGCCGGGUGUGAAGGACCACGCGAAGAUCCGCGACUUCAUCACCCAGGCCAAGCUGGCGCCGCAACUCGCCAAAGUUGCCGAAGCGUAG